CGCGGCCGCCUCCCCUUCGAGCGGAAGCCGCUCCGUGACGCCAUUUCCCCGUCGCCGGCGCAAGUUUUUUCUCUCGCUUCCGCUUCCCUUUCCCGUUGCUGGUAUUGCUACGUGUCCAACAAGUCGAAUAUCAUGGAUCAAGUAAUGCAGUUUGUGGAACCUAGUCGUCAGUUUGUGAAAGAUUCCAUCAGGCUUGUUAAACGAUGCACAAAGCCAGAUAGGAAAGAAUUCCAGAAGAUUGCUAUGGCAACAGCAAUAGGAUUUGCAAUAAUGGGAUUUAUUGGUUUCUUUGUAAAACUGAUCCAUAUUCCAAUCAACAACAUCAUUGUGGGUGGCUGAAUGCUGCAUCAAGAAGACAUGUAACUUGAUUUUGCUUGUGGUAACAAAAGAGAACAUUCUGGCCUUUCUGGCAUAAUCUUCCUAAAUCAUCUUUUGCUACUUGUCGUUAUAAACAGAUUUUAAAGUAAAA